UUAAUGUAUAUAACUUGGCGCGACGGCGGCGCUACGUUUCAUUCAUUUGUGAAUUUCAACGUGUGAACUGUGAGUGGUGAAGUGCGUGAGAAAAGUGAAUAUUUUACAUAAUUUUGUUCAAGACUGCUAUUGGAUUUUGUUAUUAGAGCGAAUAAUAUAGGUGUAAGCAUUCAGAAAUGGGAAAGGAUUACUAUAAAAUUCUGGGAAUAUCGAAGGGAGCGAGCGAUGAUGAGAUAAAGAAAGCGUACCGUAAGCUAGCGCUCAAGUACCAUCCGGACAAGAACAAGAACCCCGGGGCCGAGGAGCGGUUCAAGGAGGUCGCGGAGGCCUACGAAGUGCUCUCGGACAAGAAGAAGAGAGAGAUCUACGACGCCCAUGGCGAGGAGGGUCUCAAGGGAGGAAUGGGAGCACAGAACGGGCCAGGAGGCGGCCAGUCAUUCUCCUACACGUUCCACGGCGACCCGAAGGCCACGUUCGCGCAGUUCUUCGGCUCCGCGAGCCCGUUCCAAGCGUUCUUCGACCUGAACGGCGGCGGCGGCGGCAAUUUCUUCGAGCGCGACAUGAUGGACGUGGACAUGGAUCCGUUUGCGACCAUGGGCAUGGGCGGGCACCGCCCCGGCGGGCCCGGCGGCGCCUUCCGCAGCCACAGCUUCAAUGUCCACGGCUCGCCGAGCCGGAAGGAGAAAACUCAAGAUCCGCCCAUCGAGCACGACCUGUACGUUUCCUUGGAAGACAUCGCCCGCGGCUGCGUGAAGAAGAUGAAGAUCUCCCGCCGCGUCGUCCAGCCGGAUGGCACGUCCAAGAAGGAAGACAAAGUGUUGACCAUCCACGUUAAACCUGGCUGGAAGGCCGGCACCAAGAUCACCUUCCAGAAAGAGGGUGACCAGGGCAGGAACAAGAUCCCUGCAGACAUUGUGUUCAUCAUCAGAGACAAGCCCAAUCCUCUGUUCAAGCGAGAAGGCAGUGACAUCAGACAUACAGCCAAGAUCUCACUCAAACAGGCUCUUUGCGGCACCAUCAUUGAAGUUCCAACCAUGUCCGGAGAGAAGCUAACAGUCAACCUACAAGGCGAGGUCGUCAAACCCCACACGGUGAAGAGGUUCCCGAACUACGGCCUACCGUUCCCCAAGGAGCCUACGCGGAAAGGAGAUCUGCUGGUGGCUUUCGACAUCAAGUUCCCCGACCGGUUAAGUCAAGGAGUGAAGGAGAUCCUAGCGGACACGCUUCCUAACUGAAUUGACUAGAAGAUUUCUCAUCGGUUCAGAUUUUAGUGUAUCUCGUGGACAGUGAAAUUGGGCAAUAGCUGUGCCUUAGCAGUUUCUAAGUGCCAACUUGAAAACGUCCACUUGUGUAUGCUCAAACAUCGUCAUAGGACAUUCCUGUGAAAUCUCUACUCACUAGGCAACAAUACUUGGACCAACUAUUUAUUGGUAGUCCGAGUGGUCAUUUAGAAAGUGUGUGUGGACGUCCUUUGUCCGUUCUAGUACAAAGUGGCGUAGUGACUGAUUUAAUUUACUUGUGUUUGUAUUUAAUUUACUUAGGUUGUAAAUAUUUUUUACUGUAAAUACCUGACAGUGAUUGUAAGUUGUAGGUUUAGUGGUAAAACUGCCUUGGUACUAGUACGUACAUUUGUAUCAUUUGUACUGAG